CCUCUGGAGAGGCGGCGCGCGCCUCCCGAUGACUUUCCACAACACCGCCAACGAUUUCCUUAACGACAGACCUAAGUGAUCCAGGACGCGUCACAUGAUUCGAAGAAAGAUGAGCCAAUCGUAUCCUAGGUUGAGCUGGGAGGUGACUUUUCCGUUAGUUUGAAAUGUCACCUGCUCGCCUAUCCCUUCCUCAUUCUCUCUUCAGAGGUGCUGGAAAUUAUCGGGCCCCUUUCCUUCCUAUCAUUAAUCUUCAUCAAGAACUCCAUUGGGAGUUCCUUUCUCCCAGGCACAUCCCCAACAGGACUUCUGUUUGUCAACAAGCAGAAAUUCAAGCCUCAGAAGCUUUUCCUGCUGUACGGCUCUUAAAGUUCUGGAUUUCUAUGAGAUGGAGUUUAAAAUUGAACAUACGUGGAAUGGCUUUUCAGUGUCUCAUGAUCCUGUAACAAUUAGGCUGGCUCCUGCCAAUGCAGGACUGUUCAUGGAUGUAACUGCUCCAUUUUAUAAUGAUCCGCCAGCUCCUCCCAGUGAUCCAGGAAAACCAUUCAAUGGACUAUGGGAUUAUGAGGUCGUAGAAGCUUUCUUCUUGAAUGGCCAGACUGAGCAGUAUUUAGAAGUGGAGCUCUGUCCGCAUGGACAGUAUCUCAUUUUGUUGCUUUGUGGCAGAAGGAAAAUACUAAAACAAGAGCUUCCUUUAAAAUUUGAAGUAUCAAGAACAAGUGCUCAGUGGAAUGGCAGAGCUCAUCUUCCCUGGAGCUAUCUUCCACCAGCUACUGACCAAUUUAAUGCUUUCGCAAUCCAUGGAUCAGGUGUAGCUAGAACCUAUGAAGCCCUCUAUUGUGUACCACAACAUGAGAUGCAGAAGGAUCAGCAACCUGAUUUAUAGUCUUCGUAUAAAAGUAAAGUUUUGCGAAUCAUGAGUUCUUCGAAGAUUAUUAUUGAAGGGAAUGUUCAUGUGAACAGGAUGUUUACUGAUUUGAACUUCAAGCUAUAGUGGUUAUAGUAUGUUUUCUAAUAAUUAACAUCACUUAUACAAAAAAGAGAAUGCCAAAAAAGAUGAACCAAGGAAGAUGGUGUAGCAGCUAGGAGAAUGAUUUUAGAUCCAGGACGUCCUUAAUUCAAAACUUUGUCAUGAAUUUGUAUUGUAGCUGCCAUAAAUUCACAUUGUGGUCUUAGGCAAACCACACUCUCUUCUUCUAACUCCUCUGUCUGUAAUACAAUGAUAAU